GAACAGCAGCCAGUGAUGGCCAGACAGUGUGAGAGAGAGGGUGUGCGCGGCACUCCUUACUAGUGAAUGGUACCGUACCAUGUUAGCGGGAAAUAUCUAGUGGGCGAGGAUUUCAUAAAUCUCUACCAUGGAGCGGAUCUUCGGGGCCAACGGGAGCCGGGCGGAGGACGGAGUGCCAGACAUGACAGUCCUGUCGGACAUCGACGAGACGGCCAUCAACCACAACCUCCGCGUCAGAUACCUUCACGACCGCAUCUACACCUACACCGGCAGCAUCCUCAUAGCCGUGAACCCGUACAAAGAAGUGGAGAUUUACGGUCCCGAAGCCGUGUUGAGGUACCAAAGGAAGAAGCUGUUAGAGGAGGAGCCCCACGUGUUCGCCAUCUGCGAGUCCUCCUUCGUCGCCCUCCAGCGCCUCGACAAGAACCAGUCAUGUGUCAUCUCGGGGGAGUCUGGUGCGGGCAAGACGGAAACUACCAAAUUUAUUCUUCAGUAUCUGUGCUCCGUUACCUCUGGGGUGUCUACGUGGGUUGAGCAACAGAUUAUCGAAGCUAACACUAUCCUUGAAGCAUUUGGCAACGCAAAGACAGUUCGAAAUGACAAUUCUAGUCGGUUUGGGAAGUUCAUGCAGGUGUGCUUUGACUCGUCAUGGCACAUAAAGGGUUGCGUGAUGCAGGACUAUCUCCUGGAGCAGUCUCGCAUAACCUUCCAAGGACCUCAGGAACGGAACUAUCAUGUAUUGUACCAGUUGGUUGCUGCCGCACAGAACAACAAAGAACUUGCAGACCAGUUUCACCUCAAACCUGCCAAGUUCUAUACGUACCUGAAUCAAUCUGGCAGCAUCACGAUUGAUGGAGUGGAUGAUGUUCGCAAGUUUGACAAUCUGCGUCUGGCCUUCAAUGUCUUGCACGUCCCACCAGAAGUUUGUGAUGGAAUAUUUGGAACCCUGGCGGCCAUCCUCUGGCUUGGCAACUUGGAGUUUGCAGAUAUUGAUGGUGAAAAGUGUGAGCUGACAAGCAACGACAAAGCGGUGCUAACGAUAUUAUCUGAACUAUUGGGGCUUACAGAAGAAGAUCUUCUGGGUAUUGUGCUUCAGAGGCAGAUAAACAUUAGGGGCAACAUUACUCACAUCCCAUUGAAACAUGCUGAAGCCAGAGAAAACCGACACGCUAUGGCAAAAGCACUCUACUCUCGCACGUUUGCGUGGCUGGUGGACCACAUCAACAAAUGUACUAACCCUGGCCAGGACCAAACCAGGUUUCUGGGUGUGCUGGACAUCUUUGGCUUUGAGAAUUUUGCUGUGAACUCAUUUGAACAAUUGUGUAUUAAUUUCACCAAUGAAAAAUUGCACAAAUUUUUCAAUCAUUAUGUAUUUGCUCUGGAACAAGAAAUAUAUCGUCAAGAGGAAAUCAAAUUUUCACACAUCACAUUUACUGAUAACACAGAGUGCCUUGAACUAAUGGAGAAACCACCACGAUGUCUCCUUAAACUUCUCUCUGAAGAAUGCCGAAUGCCCAAGGGAUCUGACAAGUCCUACCUGACAAAGGUGCAUCAAGAAUUUGAAAAUCAUCCGAACUAUAUCAAAGGUGACGACAGAAGAAAAUGGGAGGUCGAGUUUGGUAUCAACCACUAUGCAGGCAAAGUGAUAUAUGCAGUUGAAGGUUUUGUUGAUAAAAACAGAGACGCCCAGCAAGAUGUCUUUUUCGAUCUGAUGAGUAAAUCGGAGAACAAGUUUAUAUCGGAUUUGACAAGAUUUCAGGAUUUACUUGGGUGCACCAUAGCAAGGAUGGGGACCAUACAUAGUACUAUUUCCAGAGGAACCUCCAAAGGAAAGCCCACUGUUUCAGAUGCUUUCCGCAACCAGCUUCAGGCUCUGGUUGAUGUCUUGCAGUCCACCAAUCCCUGGUAUGUUAGAUGCAUCAAGCCAAAUAAGAACAAAGCGUCAGAUUCAUAUGAUGAAUCUAUGGUUCUGGAUCAGCUGCGAUAUUUAGGAAUGAAUGAUAUUAUUAGAAUUCGCAAAGAAGGUUUCCCCAUUCACAUGACCUUUGAAGAUUUCAUCGGCAGAUAUUUCUGCCUCAGUAGGAGAAGAAGAUAUCCAGACUCAAAGCAACAUGUUUGUGAAAUUUUGAAGAGUAUGAACUUGCCUCCGAAGGAAUGGCAGGUUGGAAAAACUAAAGUAUUUAUACGUCAGAAGGUAUACGAGCCUCUAGAAGAUCGUUGUCAGACCACACGUAUUGCCGCUGCAAUAAAAAUACAAGCACUUGUCCGUAUGCACAGACAUAGGAAAGAAUACAAUAGAAUACGAGUGGCAUGCUUAGCCAUUCAGUAUCGUUAUCGUGGUUGGAGACUUCGCCUUGCAUUUAUAAGAAAACGGCGAGCAGUUAUUAUUAUCCAGUGUAAUGUACGAGGAAUGUUUGCACGUGAGGUUGCCAAUGCCCUGCGAGAAAUGAAACGCAUAGAGGAGGAACAGCGUAGGAGAGAGCGGCUGGAGGAGGAACGUCGUCAGCGAGAAGAGGAGGCUCUCAAGUUGGCUGAGGAUGAGGAGAAAAAGAAAGAGCUAGAGGAAGCACAGAGCCAACAAUAUGAUGGGCUAGCAGCAGUGGGUGAGGGGAAAGUGGAGGAAGAGUUGGCCACACUCUCCAACAUGGCCGAGACCGUCAACAACCGCUUGGCCACGUCCGGCCCUACCAACCCAGAUGAUGCAUCCCAAGGGUCAGGUGAAGGUGUUGAUCUUGACAAUCUCUUCUCAUUCCUUUCCAAUAUGGAGUCGGAAAAACAUGUUCUUGACGACAUUUCCCGCCAGAUGGAUGAGUUGGCGGAUACCGUUGAUGAGGAGAUUGAAGCUCUCAACCGUGCAGAGGAACUGGAAAACAGCCUCCCACCUCCUCCGUUACCAGAAGCUGUUAAUGAUGGAUUUCCUCCUCCUUCACCUGGUGAACUGCCUCUACCUCUUCCACCUCCCUCGUCUUCCCCGCCACCACCACCACCUUGCAACGGAGAAUCAAAAUCAAAUCGGGUUUCACGGGAGAUCAUUGUGAAUGGAGAUAUGCCUCUACCCCCACCUCCCCCACAGAUUAAUGGAUACCAUGAAGAAGAGAAGCCUAAAGAGCCAAUAUACGAGACCAUUCCAGCAGGGUUGGCAGGAGCCCAAGCUCGUCGUGAACCUAAUUAUGUUUCUGGUCCACCACCUGCAGGUCCUCCUCCAGCUCCUCCUGAAGAAUCUGUCGAACUGAGAAGACCGAGAGAGAUCACACUUGGAGAGCCAUCAAGUGAGCGAAGGCGGAGAACUUCAGGCCAGAAGAGACCUUCACGCUCUCCUACAGCACAUAGCCCAACUCGCUCUGCUCGAUCUAAUACAAGGAGUCCUGGAGUGAGUCAGCCACGCGCAAACAGUCGUAACAAUGGAACAGUCGAGGAUCCUGAAAGAGUUGAAAGAAGAAAACAGCGAGUGGAGCGCAAACUGCACGAAUUGGAGGAGCAGGAAGAAAAUAAGGAGAAUGAGAAUCAAAAUCACUUUGAUUUGAUUGAAUUUGCAGAGAAGUUCUUCAACAACCAUGAACGAUCCCCAGAAGGCACCAUCAUGUCAACACUGACACGCAAGCGCUCCACAGCCGAGUUUCUCCCCAAGUAUGAGCUGAUCACAUACUCUCGCUCAUCUAUCAUCCCCACCUCCCAUGUCCACCUCUACGACCCAGAAAACAUCAACCUUGCCUGCACCAUCUUUAGGGACUUGUGCAAAUACUGUCGAGGAGAGUUGAAGGCAGAACAGGAAAUAACCACCAUACAGAGCAUCAUUGGACACGGCUUGGAGCGAGAAGAGCUGCGAAAUGAGAUUUUUGUUCAGUGUAUGCGACAAGUGACAAAUAAUCCCAGUACAGAGUCACUGGAACGAUUAUGGCUUAUGUUGUGCCUUUGUGUUGUUGCAUUCCAACCCGGAAAGUUGCUUCAUAAAUAUUUUGUAAGCUUCCUGCAAAAGAACCUAACUCUUGAGGGCAAGUUGAAGCAGUAUGUUCAGUGGUGUUUGGAAAACUGCAAGAACACGAAGGUAUCGAGCAGACGACUGGCACCAUCUUCAGUUGAAAUUGCUGCUAUGAAGAAACUGGGAACAAUUGUCUGCAGAUUUUUUUUCUUGGAUGGUCGCACUAAAGCCAUCGACGUCCACCCUCGGGACACGGCUAGUGAUGCUAUGCAGAAGUUGGCAGACCGCCUGGGUCUGGGAAGUUUAGAAGGCUGGGCGAUAUAUGAAUCUGGGUCUGAUGGAGAUAAACAUGUGAAGAGUCACGAAUACCUUUAUGAUGUCAUAUCAUCUUGGGAAAUGAAACAACAAAAGGCAGGAAGUACCGGUAUAUAUGGUACACUUAAUAAAAAGGCAGCGCAGACGGUCAGCGCCGGCGAGAACAGAUUUGUAUUCCGGAAACGUUUGUUCCGUACUCCUCGUGAGAUUCCAAGUGACCCAGUUCAAGUCAACCUCCUGUACGCCCAGGCUGUGCAUAGUGUUGUUAGAGCGGACGAGUUCCCAAUCAAUGAAAAAGUUGCACUUCAGUUAGCUGGUCUACAAGCUCAAGUGGCUCUCGGUGAUCCACAGGACGGCAAGACUGAGUUUUAUGCCGACAUGCAGUCAUAUUUACCUAGUCGGAUUGCACAGACUAAAAAACAGGCAGAAUGGGUACCAAUCCUCUCGCAAGCCCAUCGGCAGUAUGGUACAGGGAAGACGGAUAUCGUGGCCAAGGUGUGGUACUUGACAUGCGUAAUGCAGUUUCCCCUCUAUGGAACCACAAUGUUCCAGGUGUCUUAUCGAGGAUAUUGGUCGUAUGGUAAUACGCUCAUACUGGGAAUCAACUGUGAUGGAAUUGCGAUGAUCAAGCCAGAUGACAAAUUUAUAUUAUAUGAAUACCGAUAUUGUGAUAUAGAAUCAAUCUUCCUAGACCCCAGUGACAACUUUAUCACCAUCAACCUACUACGCACACUGCCAGACACACACAAAUGCUUCGUGUUUGAGACCAAGGAGAAGCAAGAGAUUGGCUUUCUCAUUGCCAGCUACUCACCUCUAUUAGCAUCCUGGAUUAAAGAUAUGGAUUCAAACAAAAAGGUGAAACAAAUUACAGGUGAAGACCGGGUGAGACUUUACUACAACUUGGUGCAUACCAGACGACAGAUCAUUGAUGCCAGUAUACUCAGGAAACCUCAGGACACGGGCGGUAACUUCAUCGUCAGCACGCUCAGAAGGUUAAAUAAGCAAAAGCUAGAAAAGCUACGUCAAGACUAUGGGGAAAAUUCCGAGACAUACAAGGGCUUCCAUCACAUGUUCUGGGCAUUUUCCAAAGCCCCACUUACACAGACCCUGACUAAAAUACCAACUCCAGAAGUGGAACAACAAGCGAUUCAGAUUUCUCUUGUCAUUCUUACAUAUGCUGGUCUAAAUCCAAAUGCUGAAGCAGCGGUGACAAGCGACGACCAGCAGCUGAGCAUGGUACAGGGUGUGGUGGAGCAGUGUAUGAAGAGGGACCUUCUCCUUAAUGAAACUUACCUUCAACUUAUAAAGCAGACAACAGAUCAUCCAGAUCCUAACUCCAGAGUCAACCUUCGCCACUGGUCGCUGCUCACACUAUUCUGCUCUGUAAUACCACCGACUGAUAAAACCAUAAGAAAGUACCUGCGUGCUCACCUGCAGCGUUGUGCAACAGAUUAUGUAUCGGAAGAGGGCAAAUAUGCUCGCUAUGCUGAGAAGUGUUUGGUUAAAGCACUUAAUAAUCGGCGCAGGCAGUGGGCACCUUCAAAGCAAGAAAUUUUAUGUACCAUAAACCGCCGACCAAUAUAUGCCAGGUUCCACUUCAUGGAUGGCCAAUUCCACUCUCUAGAAUUUGAUGCAUCUGCUACUGCUGCAGAAGUUGUUCAACUCAUAAUGCACAAAAUUGGCUUAAAAAGUACUGCAAAAGGUUAUGCAAUAUACGAGAUGUUGGGCACAACUGAAAGGUGUAUAGUAGCAGAAGAAGUGCUAGCCGACGUAAUGUCCAGAUGGGAGCGUUACCGGCAGUCCACUGCGGCCACCCAGCACCACACCCAUCAUAUUUUCCUGUUUAAGAAACACCUUCUACUGGAAUCAUGGCUGGAUCUGAGUGAUAAUGUAGAGAAGGAGCUGCUCUAUUUCCAAGUGCUGUACACUCUUCGUGCGGAUAAGUUCCCCGUCACCCAGAUGGAGGCUGUGAUGCUAUGUUCCUUAAGGGCACAGAUAGAGCUGGGUAACUUCACAGGAGCAAACAUGGACUAUGGGGAAGUGAUAGCGCACACACUAUCGCCACGGCUUUUGUCAAAUGUGACGCACGAGGCAGUGGCCAUGCACCACCAGAGUUUGUUUAACAUGGACUCACAAGAAGCAAAACAAGCCUUCCUUAAUCUUAUAAAAUCUUGGCCAUUGCACAGAGCCACAAUAUUUGAUGUCACGCAAUCAUUUACCUCCAACUGGCCCAAGGUUCUUUGGCUAGCAAUUGAUGAGAGCGGCGUUCACCUGCUGGAACAUCGUUCAAGAAAUGUUCUUUGUACAUAUGAGUAUGACUACAUCCUCAACUACUCUGCUUCCAUCACAGCUCUCAUGAUUAUCACAGGAUCAACACGAAAACAAAGCAAAAUAAUUCUCAAUACUACCCAGGCUUUCAUGAUUGCUACUUUAAUCAAGGAUUACACAGAAGUCUUGAGGGAAAAUCUUAUUGGUGGAGAUGGCCCCCCUCCUUCAGGACUAAUGGCACCACCUGCAACGCAAGAAUGUGUGCCACAGGAACCCAGACACUCCCGCCCUCACAGUAUUAUGGCUCGACCGCCUCCAACGUUAACAGAGGAGCUCGUUACUCAGUGAUCUCUUCAUUACUGCUUUAGAUUUGAAUCGUUACUUUUCUGGGUUUUCAGUGACCAACACGGUACUGUAUUAAACGUUAUAAACCUGCACAAAAAAAAUACAGCAUUCUGGAAAAUGCUUAACAGUUAUGCAUUAUUUAUUCUUGAAAUACUGUACAAAUAUAUUAAUCAACAAACCUGGUCAUCAACCACAUGAUUCAGAAACUAUUAUUAUUUUCAGGGAGGGAAGCUGUGUGUCAGGAUAGUCAUUUUUAAUAGCAAACAAUUUAAAAUGUGAAGUAGAAUCAAACUUUUCAAGAGUUUAUAUAUAACAAAGCCAGAGGCUUGUCAAAGGUCCUCCAUUAGUGCAAUCCAAGAAAAUUGUAGCAGCGUUAAAUAUUUUAUUUACAUUGCAGCACCAAAAAUGUUAUUUAUAAACUUCAAAUUAAUUAUUUAUUAAAAGUUUAUUAUAAAUUAUUGGUUUGUCAGGCCAUAAAAUUAAUUUUCUUUCAAGAACUUCUAAGUUGCUUAAAGUAUUAGAUUACAGAUAUAGUACCUCACCAUACUAUAUUUCCUUUAUAUAAUCUAUGAAUUUAAAUUAAAAGUGUCCAUAAAAUUAGGUAUUUGCUCUCUUCAAAGGAAAUGGUGUUGAAUAAUGAAGCUCCAAUUUCUGGGUGAGCCCCCAGUCUCUCUCUGAAGCCACUAUUUCUGAUAGAGCCAUACUACUAAGUGUCAUCAGUCACAGAUUUCUAUUGGCCUACUGAGGACCACAACCCAGAACCUGGCUCCUCAGCGGUGCAGGAUACCACAACACAGACAAUCUGAGAAAACGAGCCUUGGAACAUGGAACCAAGGCAGCAGCAGCAACCUACAAAGCACCCAACGAGGCAGAACCAGAGGCACGAAGGUUGUGGCAAACAGCUGCCAUUGAACACAAGAUGGACCCCUGGUUGAACCAACCAACACCAAGGGACCUCCAUGGAAGGCAACCGACAUAUCUGCCAGGAAAGGAGCUGGCUGCAAACUGCCUGCCUGCCAAAGCCAAUGGAACAAGAGCACCAGUGCCAGGAGAGCAAGAAGCAUGGCCACCCGAUGACCAGAAGCAAGAGACACACAAAAAAAAAAAGCCUGAAAGACAAACCCUGACUGAAGGGUAUAACAGAAACAGUGGAAGAAUUUAAAGGACACAGACAAGAGAUGAAAUGGGCUCAGGCAACCCAGGAGCAAACCAGGGGCAAACCACAUGAGACGGCCUUUGAAAUGGCACCAAGGUAGGAUCAACCCUGAAUGCAAGCUGCAGUGACUCCACCAAUACCACACAACAUGAGGCAACAGUAAUCGACAAAAGUUGCUGAACAAGAAACUACCAAGACAAAGGAGAGCCACAUUCUCAGACACUGAAGAACGGCAAAGAGGAGAAAAGAAGCCACCAAAUUGCCACAGUGAAAAAUCAUGUUUCAAAGACCAGACUCGGAGUGUAGAAGUACAAUCCAGUAAAUACCAAAGCUGACCCAACCCACCCAGAGGCGUGGAAAGAGGCACUGGUUCGAAACCAACCAGCAGCGCCUGAAACCAAGAAACCAGUACCUAAAAAGGAAGCCAGGAAGAACAGUCACCAGAGGCAGACCCCGACCUGGCCAGGAAUAAGAGCCACAGGGGAAAAAGAAACAACACCUUCCCAAUGCAACAGCCAAAGCAUCCAACACAUGAGCCUCACUAUGGGUAAUAGAGCCACAUAAUGGAAUGAGCCGAGACCACACAAAUGCAAAGAGGCCCAGGUCCAGACGCCUGAAAGACAUGGAAGGAAAUAGAAAGGAGACCUGAACGGGCUACCCCGAGAAAUGGGAAGGAACCAGGACAGACCAACCAUGAGGACAGUGGACCCCUUCAGGAAACGAAUAGUGGACAGACAAACCCCAGAGAACCCAGCAGAAGAGCUGCCCACAGAGACCAAGGCAACCUUCCCCCUCCAGGCAGAAACAGAGAACAACCAGGGAAAAGGCUGAAAAAGCUGGAGCACAGAGCUUGGGAACCCACCCCCCGCAAGCCAUCCAGGAUCCAAACUACCCUGCAAGCCUGAAGAGGAAGUUGGAGAUGACAGCCUGCCUCGAAAGAGUGCAGAACUGGCAAAGUUAAAUUAAUUCCCGAGGAAAGGAAGGGACCAAAGCAGGCAUAUGCACAAGCACCCAAGGCACCAAGAGUCAACACAACACCCACAAGAUAGCAGAGCAGUAGCCAGGAAAUGGCUCAGCCAACCUGAUCCCAGGAUGGAACCAACUGGAACCAGAACCCUGAUAGGCCAGGAAUAGCCAGAACCUCGAUCAGUGGAUGCAGAGACCAGCUGGGAGCCCACACCUGAAAGGAAAGCCACGUGCCCCACCACAUACAGGGACAACCCAGAAUUCCGAAGAUGGACAGGCCAAGACGCAUCCCAGAGGUCCAGGGAGAGCAACCAAGAGGCUACCUUGCAAAUGAGACAGACUACAGACAACAUGGUCAACUGGAAAGAGGUGGCCAGAAUAGCUGGGUCAGUCACGAAGAAUAUAAAACCAUGCCCUAGGAUGGGACUGAGAAGAGCCAAGAAAACCACCUAAAUGGCAAAGACAGGACCAGCCCUGCAAGACCACACACCAAGAAACCCCAAACCAGGCAAACACUCGACAGACCACCAACCACAAGUGAAGCUGCACAAACCCCACUCGCCCACAAGAGAGGAGGGGGGGGGGGGCAACCAGGCAAUCGAUGAGAAGCACGCAAGAGGAAUCCCAGAGACUCCUGCAGCCCAUUUGAACUCCAUGGCACAAUGGAGCAAGGGCACGACAAAUGCUGCAAAAUGCCAAGAGAACAUCUGACCAACAAGGCACAACAAAGAGAAGAGCUGGAAAGAGCGUACUGUACAUGGAAAGAAAAGUCCCAUGAUCUUCAGGGACUUGAAAGGUAGGCACUUGCAGAAUGCCGAUCUUGUUGGGCCCAAGGCAUGCGGAACCAAAUCCAGGAGAAAGCUGCACCAAAAACAGAACUGGAGAGGGAGAGGGGAAACAAACUCCCAGCCCCAAGCCCCCUGCUAAGAAAACCCUUCCCAGAGGAAAACAGAAUCCACACAGUCGUCCUGAGCCCAAGGGCACAAAACUGGUUUCCGCCUUACCCCUCCAAGCCCUAGAAACUAUAGCAAAGGGUCUUGGGGCAGAGUCCAAGGGAAAAGCUUCAAAAGAAGAACGGGGUUGGCACGAAGGAAGACCCAGAAGCCCAGGUGAGACUAGCAGGCUCGACUGCCUCCGCACCAGAGCUGGAAGGGGUAACCCGUGGAGCUGACCAAGCCACAUCCCAAACUAAAUACUGCCCCAACCCUGAAACCCUCAGAUGCUUUAGGGCCAAAAGCAGGUAGGGGGGAAGAAAAAUGAAAAAGGGGUGCAGGCAGAACCAGUGUAGAAAGAACCAAUACUUCCAAAUUCAGGACCCCUAACAACAAAUCCAACCAAGACUGCUGCAACCUAGAAAACCUAAUAUGCAAAGUGGUCAUUGCCUGAAGACCUUAAACCUACUGGGAUGGGCAGAAGGUGGGCAACAUGAUGGAAAAAAACCCAACAUGACUGGGUCAAAGGUGUCUUUGAUUCAACAGCCAGCACGAGAGAUGCAGGUGGAACAAAUGUUGCCACAUUUUACAGAUGUGUAACCCUUAAACUUGCAUAAAGCGAGAGUAGGUUCGGGGAAAUAUCCAUGGGACCACUGAACCUGCUGGGGGUUUUCUGGGCCUAAAUUGGAAGUAACCCCACUGGAAACACUAUGCCAGUCCUAUAGAACUAUAUAUAGUCCCAGAAUAAGAGACCAGAAGGCCAACACAGAGUGUCACAUGAAGUCCAACAAUGGCACACAGGUAAGACUAGGAACCAUAGUGGGCCCUGCCAGCCAAAAUCACUUAACUCCCUGAGGGCGAGGGCCUCCAUAGUCGAGGACAACCUCUAAAGGGGUGAUCCCCAAACACUCCGGGGAAAAGUCCUCAGCACAUGUACAGCCAAGUGCUCUUAACUUCUGGCUUACUGCACCAAGGUGCACAGGAGCAGCCACAAAAGCAAAACAACCACUUAAUUGAAAACAGGACACCAGAGUCAGAGCGACAGAAUGACCAAGCACUUGCUACCAUCAGAAUAAAACUGAGGGUGGAGCAGCUCACUGACCCCAGACUGCCUCAAUGGUGGGCUGAACCAAUGGCUCAUGGUUCCCAGUAGCCCAAUAGAACUACACUACUGAUGACAGCAGUAUGGCACUGUCAGAGACAGUAGCCCGAGGGAGAUACAAGGGGGUCCCCACAAAAAAUCUCUUCAAAUGCAGAAAUAAUCAUGACAGUUCUAUAUACAGUAUAUAUGUAUCACAUGUGUAUAUACGUGAUCUUGCUGGGUUGGACAAUGGCAGAUUCUCCACUUCCAUGCACUAAAUUGCUCAAGAACCUAGCAUGCAGACUGAUUAUUAGUGAUCAUGAGCAUGUAGCAACAACCAAAGCCAUGUGUUAGUGUGUUGUGCCAAUUAUUGGCUCUCUUUGGUUAAUUUUUUGUCAUCAAAAUGCUUCUAAGUGUGAAUGCCUCUGAAUGAUGGUUACUGCUUCUCCUGGAAUAAUUAUAAGUUCAUCCUAAAACUCAUUCAGUGUUUCCUUAUUGUACAAACUUUUUUUUUUAUUUUUGAAUAUACUAUACUUUUAUAUUAUAUACAUAUAUAUAUAUAAUAAAAUGCUUAAUUGCCUUGAGGAAUAAUGAGCCUCUCCUAAAUUGCCUUGGAAUUUAGGGUGUUGUGUACUAAAGCAAAGAUAUUCAUUCCUGGUACAUUAUUUUCCAAACUUUGUAGUUAUGGCCAAGUAAAACCUUAAGCUUUUUGAGUAGUCAACUGAUCAUAUGUUGCUGGUGCUAUAUGUUUGUUGACCUUUCUACAUGUAAUGUAGGAUUUUUUUUUUUUUUUUUUUAGAAUACCAUGUAUCUCUAGCUAAACAUGUUUGCUGCAGACCCAUUCAAUGUGAGCAUUGGACACCGAUAACAUACUUUUCUAUAAAUGCUGUUUAUACCUAUUUGCCGAUACGUACUUGAAUUCUUUGUUAAAUGCACUACUAUGUAUGUAAUUAUCACCCUUGUUAACUAGGUUCUGCAUAAUCCAAAUGUUUGGUGCACAUUUUAACCCAAGAUGUAAAUGGCUGUAAUUACUCCCAAGGAAAUAUAUACUGCCAAUAAAUCCCUAACUCCUUUUUGAAGUAGCAUAUUCUACUGCAACUCUCAGAAAUAGGAUUAUGUGAUUGAUAUUAUAAUGCAAGUUGUGUUCCUUAAGACAGGAUAGUUACAUACGUCCUUGGUCCAUCUCGUGCUAGUCGUUUCAUUUGCAGUUUUAAUUAAUGUUAUUGAUGCAGUAAUUUAAUGCUUUAGUUUGGUUUUAUGUAUAAUUCUUGACUCAUUUGUCAUACUCAGUGAAUGUAGUGUGCAAAGUAUAACUUAUAAUAACUAUUAUUUGUUGAAAAAUACGAUACUAAUGAUCAAAGUUUUUACGUGUAUUUUUGUUUUGGAAAGAUUGUGUGUAUAUAGUGUAACAAGAAAAUGCAACCGUUAAAUUUGAUCUCCAGAUAAUAAAGAAGUUUUAAAUAUAUAAUAUUUCCCGAAGACUUUCCUCAACUUAUUUUUAAGAUAUUUUUUUAAUUUCAAGGAAAUGCCUUUCUUGUGUGAUAACAUCCUUCAGAUGGAAUUAAAAUCUUUGUAGAUUGUAUCCAGAGGUCCCAAGAAAAUUUGAAUAAAUAUUUUUGGUCUUUGCUCAGGUCAAUUUAAUUUAAGCUGUAAAUCGGAUAGCUUAAAAUAAAAGAAUAAGACCUGUAUUUGGUUAAGACACUAAUUGGUAAAGAUGAUGUUAAAAAAAAUAAAAAAAAAGUAAGUGACUACACGAUGCCCAAGGAGAACAAAGACCAACUCACUGAAUAGGUCGGACAUGCUGGUUAUUCUCCAAGGUUUGUGGCAUGAUGGUUACUCUGGAUGUGAUGCUUGCAAGACAACAUAUACAUAUGUUAGCUUUAACUUGUAUUUGCCAAACCAUGUGAUGUACAGGUAUUUUAAUAAGAAAACCAUAAGAUUAAUAAUAUCAUCAUCAUUUACUAUCUAUCCACAUAUUCCAAAAUGCCUUAAUGUUUAGAAAUGCUUCCUGUUCAGUAUUUGUGUAAUCUACAUAUGGGAUAAACAUUAAUAAUAUUGCAUUGUAACCAGUUAUGUGAAAUGGAUUCUCCUCACAUCUUUUGUACUUACAUUUUUACCAAAGAAUCUCUCAAUGGUAGCAUGAGUGUGUGUAUAUAUUUAUUACCUGGCGACUCUUUAUGAAGAGAAGCCGACUCUUUGUUGACUUUUUGCAAAUAUUGCAUAACUAUGGUUGAGGUUAUGUACAGUAUGUCGCAUUUUUUAUGCAGUGUGAGACAAAGGCAAAAGCCUUAAAUUAGUCCCUUUAUGCAAAAUUAGUUUUUUUAAGCCAGUUGGACAUUGCAAUUACUGAUAAUGUAUAUGUUGUUGAAAAUGAUUAUUCAACAUUAUCAAUUAGUUUUUUAAAGGGUGUAUCUAGAAAGCAGUAGAAUUUAUUUUAUAUUUUUCAAAAGUGAGGCCACCAUAACAAAGCUCAUUAGAACAAAAUCAAUUGUUGUAGAUACUGAAAUACUGUAUGGAGGAGAGGUUAAGGGUGAAAGAUGCUGCCAGUGUUACUGUUGUACCCUUCAGUGUUCCCUCAGUGACUAGUUCUGAAGUGAUGUGUGUACAAGGUUGUGUUCACUGUCUUAUCACAAAUUUAUGCUAAACUGGUUGUUCAUCCCUCAGUCACUGUGUUGUAUUAAGGGUCUCUGGUACAGUUGUUAUAUUCCCUGGUCUUCACAAUUAUUAACUGUAAAUUUAACAUUGCUGAUAUUUUUAGUUGGUAUUAUGCAAUAGUUCUCUUGUUUAUAGAAUACUAUUUUUUUUCCUUUAAUCUGGGAUGCAAAAGUCAGUCAAGAUGAUGGAAUAUGAUCGCAUUAACAAGAAAGCAACAUUUUAUGACGAUAGUGUGAAACUCUCAAUGAGCUUUUGUAAAUCUUGUCAAUGGUAUGUAAGAUGUUAUUUCUACACAAAUAUAUAACAGUAAUUGUA